AUGGUUGGAUUUUGGGGGGGGGGGGGAUUACUAGCGGAAGGCAGGGCAAUGGAUUUGGCCCUCGAAAUAUGAAGCUCAGCAGGCUACGGUUAAUUGUAUUUCUGUUUUUGAGGGAAUUUUCUAUUGGAAAUGGACAGUUCGCGGGGGAUAUUCCGCAUUGGAGUGGUUCGGACAUUAGCAGAUGAAGUCUUCAAGAUUGUUGGCCGCGACCCACUUACUGAGUUAGUAAUGCCUGAAUGAGGAUUAUCAUUCGGGAACCAUUUCGACUUCGAACGGGAUUCAGGAAGAGCAUGAAUCUGGAAGCAUCGAAGGUCAUGGCUCUUUUGUCGUCACCGUGUCUAGCUCCGUGGUGUGCUAUAGAUCACAACCACGGUUAUCGAGAGAGAGGUAUAACUUCGUCGUGGGCUCUUUCCAGGGGCUCUAGAUUUUCCCUUGGAAAGACAUUUGAUGGCAGUGUACGUUCUCGAUUCUUUGAUAAGUUUGGAAAGGAGUGGGCUAGGUACUCCCAGUCCUUCGUCUGCAAAGGCUUACCUGAGAGGGCACCAAUCUUCGAAACAAGUAGGGACAGAAGUUUACCAAUUUCUUUUUCAAGUUGGAUACGAAACGAUCUUACUAGGGCUCAUCUCAGAAGCCUUGCCAGGGUUUUGCGAGAAGAUUUGCCACAAGGACCCAGUCACGACGAUUCGAUGACUGUGGAGGGGGGCAUCACAAUCCAAGGUGGCCAGUUGCUAGUCUAUGGACAACCCCUGCUGAGGAAUGUGCCUUCCAACGUGACCUUUACUAGCGAAUCUAAUUUGCAUGGUGGCUUUCUUGGAGCCUCUUUCUCAGAGAGCAACAGCCAUCAUGUGGUCCCGCUUGGUGUUCUUGAGGAGGUUCGCUUUUUAUGCUGCUUCCGCUUUAAGCUAUGGUGGAUGACGCAAAGAAUGGGCUCGUGUGGGCAAGAAGUACCAUAUGAGACUCAAUUCAUGCUCUUGGAAGGUCCUUCAAACAAGUAUUCUGUCUUGCUGCCAAUUCUAGAUGGUGCAUUUCGAGCCUGUCUUCAAGGCAAUGCAGAAAAUGAGCUACAAUUGUGUGUCGAGAGUGGAGAUCCGGCUGUCGUCACAAAUCGUUUAGAUUAUUCAAUUUACAUGCAUGUGGGCAGUGACCCUUUUGAGGUCAUCGAAGACGCUGUUAGGGCUGUCGAAGCGCAUUUGCAAACAUUCGUUCAUCGUGAAAAAAAGAAGAUUCCAGGCAUUUUGGACUACUUUGGCUGGUGUACAUGGGACGCUUUCUACACGGAUGUUUCAGCUAAGGGCGUAAUGCAGGGUCUUUCAAGUUUGGCGGAAGGUGGAACACCAGCCCGGUUUCUGAUCAUUGACGAUGGCUGGCAAUCUGUUGCGGCUGGCGACGAAUCAGCAGGACAGUCUACGGCUGUUACUCAAGGCACCCAGUAUGCUAGCAGGCUCACGCAUAUCAAGGAGAAUCACAAAUUUCAAAAGGAUGGAGUUGCUGGUUCUUGGCCAGAAGAUCAAAGCCUAGGACUUCGGCACACUGUUCUUGAUGCCAAGGCCAAUUUCAAUCUCAAGUAUGUGUAUGUGUGGCAUGCGCUGGCUGGUUAUUGGGGUGGAGUCCAGCCUGGGGGAUCCAAUACCAAGAUAUAUGAUUCAAGCCUUGUUUAUCCUGUUCAUUCUCCAAGUGUGUUGGAGAAUCAGCCUGACAUGUCGGUUGACAGUCUCACUGUGAACGGCCUGGGCUUAGUCAAUCCAACGGAGUUCUUCUCUUUUUAUGAUGAGCUUCACCGCUAUCUAGCAGACGCUGCUGUAGAUGGCGUCAAGGUUGAUGCACAGAAUAUUUUCGAGACACUUGGCGCAGGACUUGGUGGCCGAGUCAAACUUGCGCAGCAGGUUCAUCAAGCUUUGGAGGCUUCUAUAGCUCGCAACUUCCCAGAAAAUGGAUGCAUCAGCUGCAUGAGCCAUAGUACUGAUAAUCUUUACCACUCAAAGCAAACAGCGGUGGUUCGAGCAUCAGAUGAUUUUUGGCCUAGGGAUCCAGCUUCCCAUACUAUCCACAUUGCAUCAGUAGCGUAUAACUCUCUGUUCCUUGCAGAAUUCAUGCAACCAGACUGGGACAUGUUCCAUAGUCUGCACCCGGCAGCAGAAUAUCAUGCUGCUGCCCGUGCUGUAGGAGGAUGUGCAAUUUAUGUAAGUGACAAACCUGGAAACCACGACUUUAAUCUCUUGAAAAAAUUAGUGUUGCCCGACGGCUCGGUACUGCGAGCCCUGCUCCCAGGCCGCCCUACCCGUGAUUGCCUCUUUUCCGAUCCAGCUAGGGAUGGCAAGAGUUUGCUGAAGAUAUGGAACAUGAAUAAGUAUGGGGGGGUGAUAGGCAUAUUCAAUUGCCAAGGGGCAGGGUGGUGUAAAUUGGACAAGAAGUACACAAUCCACGAGAUCAGGCCGGAUGCUAUCUCAAGUAGUGUCCGUGCCGCCGACAUUGACCGCUUGGCUGAUGCAGCACCAGAGGGCUGGGAUGGUGCUUGUGUCGUUUUCAGCCACCAAUCCUGUGAGCUUGUUAGAAUAACUCUUCACGCAGCGUUACCCAUUACGUUGCGGAAGCUAGAGUAUGAGUUGUUCACUGUGGCUCCUGUGAAGAAAUUGGAUACCGACCUGUCUUUCGCACCUCUAGGACUCAUCGAGAUGUUCAACUCUGGGGGAGCAUUGAAAGGACUUGACUUUGACACACAAGGCAAAUCAGUGACCAUGCAAGUGUUUGGGUGGGGAACAUUCGGGGUCUAUGCAUCACAAAGACCACGAGCUUGUGCACUGAAUUGUUCAACAGACAUCCCCUUGAGCUAUGACCAAACCUCCGGUCUUGCUUCAGUAAGUCUUCCUCGAGGAGAAGAAGGCUGCUUGUGGACUGUGACUAUCACAUUCUAGCAUCCAGAACCUAGACAGUGCAGACCUCGAAAUCUGGAAGGAUGCUCCGCACAAAGUAAUCAUCCUUCACAUUGUGCUUCGAUCACAGUUGAAGUUAACAAAAUUCUUGGUAAUAGAAAUCGACUGUAUUGUGAACCGAUUCACUUCUAUUGGGAAUAUUUUCCCCAUCUUACCGAAACGGAAAUUUCACUACUAUUUUCCAGACCACAGUUCCUGAAAACAGUGGUUUCCAUCCUC